UUGCAACUUGUUGUUGCAGUCCUAAUGGAAGAAGUCAAAUCUGCCAUCUCAUGCCACCAACAAAUCCUUUUAUGGCAGCAAAUUUAUAUCAUAAAAACAAAAAUCCAAGAACAAAGCUCUUGAUUCUUGGAAAGAAAAAGAAAAAAGAGAAAGGAGAAGCAUGGCUUUCAAUAAGGAUUAUCUUGAUUUGAUAUUCGUUCCUGGUGGGUUGCUGGUCAUGUUUGCUUAUCACCUCUACCUUCUCUACAGAUACCUUAAUUUCCCUCAGACCACUGUCAUGGGACUGGACAACCAUGACAAAAAAGCUUGGGUUGUAAGAAUCAUGCAGGGUGACAAGAAAGAUAUUGCAAUUGCUCUAACUGUAAUAGCUUCCAAUACAUCGGCGGCAACUUUCUUAGCUUCAGUCUCCUUAACUCUCAGCUCACUCAUCGGAGCCUGGAUCGGAAACAACUCCAGCAACAUUUUCAGAAGUGACAUAAUCUACGGCGACACGAGACCAUCCACCAUGUCCAUCAAGUACAUAAGCCUUCUCACUUGUUUUCUUCUAGCUUUCUCAUGCUUUAUUCAAUCUGCGAGACAUUUCGUACAUGCUAAUUAUCUCAUAAGCACACCAGACAGUGACGUUCCUCCAAAAAUGGUGGAGGUGGCUGUCAUAAAAGGAGGUGAUUUUUGGUCACUUGGACUUCGAGCAUUGUAUUUUGCUCUUGAUUUGUUGCUGUGGUUUUUUGGACCCAUACCUAUGUUUGUUUCUUCUGUUGUUUUGGUCGUUAUCCUUCAUUAUCUUGACACCAAUUCAACUCCGUUGCACCGGUACCGGCCACCCGGCGGCAAGAUGGCCAAAAGGGUUGCAGAGAUUAGCUGAGGUGUCUGUUCAUGUUGAUAGAACUUCUUGGUUUUGUAUGGUAAAGUGAUCAAGUUUUCUGUGAACUAAAAUUCUGUAAUAAUCAGUUCACGGGUAUUUUGCUAUUAAUCUGAGUCGGAAAAAACAAGUAAUUACUAUUCAAUUCAAUUAUAUUCUUGUUGCUAAUUUCUAUAUCACUCCUUUGAUCUUAACAUUUAUUUUUAUCUGAACCAAAGGAAUGUUUCUUACUCGUCUAUGUAGCUUUAAAUCAGUGGUUGUUUAUUACC